GCACCGCUGCCACGACCUGCCAUCGCACCGCUGCCACGACCACAGAGAAAAGAUGACGCGAGCUCUGAUGCUUCUGAUCGCCGCCGCCGCCGCUGCCUCGUCCGCGGCAGGUGUAUCCCCGUGUAGAGAAGCGAUGGCGGAGGGAAAUGACGUCAUCGCCACUGCCUCCUAUACUUGCUACGAGCAGCACAGAGAUGACUGGGAUAAGUUUUCUUCAAAUUCAAAAUGCACCAACAUCACAAGUUUGACUAGGUACGAUGCAGCAACAUGCGACCCAAUUCUGUUCAAAUAUUCUAAGUGCUCGUUGCAAGUAACCAAGCUCCUGAAACCGAACAACACAAUGGACCAUAAGGCUUUCCAAACGAUUACGCUGAAGAACAAAUGCAGCACUGAUGCCAACUUCGCAAAAGCUUACCCGAAGUGCAAAAGGACCACCAUGAAAUAUUUGAACGUAAUCCGGCUCUUCGUGUGCCUCAAAGCUGCCGUGCCCUAAUCCGCUCACCCAAUGGAGGAGAAUCCACUGACUCGGAACAAGACUGACUGAACUCGCCCUCUCUUUUCGUGCACGGGAUUUUUUAUUUCUAUAUUAAAUUUGUUGGGGUUUCUGCAA